AUGGCGCAAUUGGAGCUGGCAAUAUUCCAAGUUUCGCUGCAACGUUUUCAGCGUGUGAUGUUUAUAAUGGGAAUGUUACCGUAUUCAAAUCACUGUAGCAGCAAAUUAGGAAUGUCCUGUCGAAAGGGAUUUAUGUUGAGUUUACAUUUUCUGGCAGUGUUUUUUUUUACCGGCUUCUUAAUAAAAGAUCAAAUAAAGUAUGUAAAUGAGGCAAUCUACAAUGUCAAUGACGUCUUUUCAUCGGUUAUACAUCGUCUGGGCUUUAGUACUUUAAUACUGGUUCAACUUAUAAUACAUUUGGAGAGCACUUACAAAUCAAAUAUGUACACGGAAAUAUUUAAUAAAUUUGAACAAAUGCGGAAGUUGUUAUUGCGAAAAUUUGGAAUACAAUUUGAUUUGUCAAACCUAAAAUUUUGUGUCUACAUUUUGCAGAUUCAUUUUACACUCUACUGUGGUUUGUUAUUAAUGCUUGUGAUUACAACGGCUAUACAACCAACACCAGUUGUCCGAUUACUAAUAAGCUUGCACGCAGAGCUAGUGUUAAAGGUCAAAUUAUUCGAGUUCAUGUGUUUCAUUAUUGUAUUCAUGGUAAUGAGCUGUCAUGUAUGUAGAGCAGCUAAGCAGCAUUGUAGACAGUUGGAGGCGACACGAUUUGAAAGUAGCUUUCAGCGACGUGAAUGUUUAUUAGGAUUUAUAGCACUGCAAGACUUGCAUGCUUUGCUUUGGGAGAAUAUGCAGCAGAUAACGGACUACUUUGAGUGGAGUUUACCAGGAUUAUUUGCAAAGCAACUUAUUGAUUUAACGCUUUUGGCAUAUUGGGCAGUUUUAAAUCUAGAAACCGGCACGUCAAUAGUCAUUAGAUAUUAUUUAAUAAUUUUUUGGUUUAUGAAAAUAUCCACUUUAACGAUUGCAUGUUUCCUUUGUUCCAUCUGCGAACGAAAGGAUAGAGAAUUACGUUCGUAUUUUAGAACUUGUUUAAAAGAUCGUCAGAAUCUGCUGCUAAUGCGGUGCAUGCAUCGAAUUUCAAUGCAACUAUGGCAGGAAACAGUUACAUUUGUGGCCGGAAGUUUUGUAACGAUUAACAUAGAAACACUCGGCAAAGUAAGUAACUUUAUUGUUGAGAGAAAAUUGGACUAA